AUGCAGCGGCGUGGCCUGGGCUCUCUGCUGAGGGCCCAGUCCGAAACGGGCGCCAAGUUCAUCCAGUUCGACCGCCGCCUCAAGGCCCGCCCCUUCGGUGUCCACCUGCCCUCCGAUGCCGUUGCGUCUGUCCAGUCCUACCAGUCCUUCGACACGCUGUUCGAUGCUUGCGUUGCUGUGCGCGAGCAGAUGGGAGCCGAGGAAGAGCUUCGAGAGGCAGCUGUGGACCAGCGAGGCGAUGACCUUUCGGACGGGCAGGCGGCGGAGGCGGCCGACAAGGAGCACGUUGACCUCUCGCGUUUCAAGAGACUGGUUGUCGCAGGCGGCGGAGGCGGCCGCUUCUACGUGAACGGCAGCGCCCUUGUUGAUGCCGUGUGCGGAUCUCGUCACAGCCGUGACAAUGUACUCAGCCUCCUCAGCGACGCCGACCGCUGGCUGCUCCUCCCUCCUGGCGGCUUCUCUUCGCUCGGCCACGCCGCCCUGGCCGUGGCGCGGAGCGACAUGGGGAAGCAGAUGGUCGCGCGGCAAGAGGAGCGUGCGCGGCUCGCGGCUGCGCCAGCGGUGCAGUUGAAAACGACGAAGCUCCCGAUUGGCAUCUUCCAGUUCCUGCUGCUGCCGUCCCUGCUCUCCUCGAUGCUCUUCAUCUUCAGCCGCGCGGCAGAGUGGACCCACAACUCUUUCAUUGAGCUGCCGCAGCGCGCCAUCGCCUCCGCGUCGGGCAGCGUGCGCAUCCCUGGCUGGCAUUGCCCGGCGCCGCUCUCAUUUGUGAAGGCCGGGCUGAUCACGCUGCUCCGCAACCUCCUCUGGCUGCUCAAGUAUACGGGCAUCUGCCUCUCCUUCAUCGUCCCCGGCAUCACCACCUACCAGCUCGGCCUCCUCGUCGGCCACCCUUCGAUGGUCAAGAUGGGAUACCUGCUUUGCCUGCACUUCCUGCCCGCGAUCAUAUGCGUCAUCUGUUGCGACGACCGAGGCAUGGCCGCCUUUGGCCUCCGCCUCCUCUCCUUCCUCGCGGGCAAGAGCGUCGGCUCGCUCGGGUGGGCGGCGUGGCAGGUGCGGCUCAGCGAGUACGCGCACGAGGUCUUUUGGCUGCACGCGCAGCACGCCACCCUCGGCCCGGCCUGGGUCGGCGCGCUCGCGGCCGCACCCUACCUCACGUACAUCUCCUUCCAGAGCACUUGGGCAGCCAUCGAGUACACCUUCGUGACCGACAGCAGCGGCGUGACGCGCAUCCGCCGCGUCCCCUUCAUCAAGAUCGUCCACGUCGCCGACGCUCGUUACCAGCAAGAGGCCUACGCCUGUCCGAUGAGCUGUCUUCACCGACCGUGCCGCCCUCACCCACGCGCCGCUCUCGAUUUAGGCGUCUUCCGCUUCUUCUACGCCGGCAAGGUGCCGGGCGCCACGAUCAACACACGCAACAUGGCGAAGGCGCUUGGCACCUUCUCCACUGGCGCGCCUGGCAUCAUGCGCUCGGGCCUGGGCGCGCUGACUACGGAGCUGCGCGCGGGGGGCUCGCUGGGUGUGCCAUGGCGGCCGCACGGCGUCGACCACCCGGCGGCCCCAAACUCGCCAGUCCGGGGCGAGUGGAGGGUGUGCUUCCCGCUGCGGCAGGUCGGCAAGCGCUCGGAGCUCGCGCUCCGGCCCUUCGUCCCUGCGUGGGGGGGGCCGCGGCUGCGCUCGCCGUCGGUCGAGAAGGUGCUCUUCCGCUGGGCACCCGCGCCUGCCGCGCAGCAGGCAGCCGCCGACGCGGGGGCCGAGGCUGCAGCGGCCGCCGACGCCGCCUCGAUCAACCUGCACGUGGCGGCAGCGGCGGCGGCAGGCUCGAGCGAGGGGGCAGCCGCCCUCGAAGCCGCUGAGGCCGCACACGCAGCCGCCGUGGAGGAGGCGGCGGAGGCGGCGGAGGUGGCCGAGGUGCUGCUCACCGAGCGCGAGGCGCUGCUCAAGGUGGUCGAGUCGGAGGCCUUUCGCACUGCUUGGCAGCGCUGGGGCGGCGUGGCUGUCGUCCACGACAUGGCGCGGCGCAUCCUCUCUCUCGGCCCCGCGGAGCUCACCGCCCUCGCGGAGUACCUCUGCAACAACCGCGGCGUCACGGGCCCGUUUGUCGUGGAGUCGCCCCCGCUCGUCCGCAUGUUGUGGCAGGAGCACCCGGAGGUGGCGGCGCUGCGCGAGGCGGGCGUGCUGCCCGGGCCGGACGUGCUCCCGCUGCUGCACGUUGCGGUGCAGUACGGCCAGCAGCCGACCGCCGCCGACGUCAGCGCCAUCAACGUCUACCUCGCGGAGGCGCGCUCCUCGGUUCGGCUCGACCUCUCGCAGCUCGCCGCCGAGCAGAAGCGGCUUCUGCACGGCGGCAGCGACGCCUUCGCACAGAUGCUGCGCGACAGCGGCUACGACCUGGAGCCGCUGCGCGCGGUUGACGCCGUCACGCACGUCUCAAGCUGA